CCUCAGUCCGUGACCCGUUUUUGCAUCCAGUCACUACCAGCAUCGCCACUCGGUUCAGAGGGACCUUAAUUAAUAACUUUGAAACUGAGGCAUUUAACCGGGGCUAAAAACGAUGAAGCAUUAAUAGCUUUAGCCCAGGAGAUUUAAUGACAUUUGUUAUUUUCUUCACUCCCUCCCUCCAAUGGCUAUGACCGUCGUCGCAGCUCGGACGCACCGUGCCAGUUUCAUGCGGCUCUAGCUAGCUAGAUAAGGUGGUGUUAGAGUGAGGCUCUCGUCAUCAUCCUGGAGCUCUUCACCACCCAAGACGCUGUGGCUAUCUCUCGCAGAUUGUUGGUAGCUCCACACCGUCCUCCUGGGCAAUUCCAAGAGAUUAGCUGCACUGGAAGGGUGCAGUGAGCGAGCGAAGAGGACCAAAAUCUCGGACGGUGACCGUGAGCCCUUGGUACGACCCUGCUUCCAAGCGCCACUGCUAUUGAACUCCGCCUGGUGUUAUCGCUCGCUUUUUCUGCGUGCCAUCCACCAGAAGUACGACUCAACUCUCUCGUAUUGCCGAAUUGAAGUACAUGUCAUGACGUCCACUGGGGGUGAGAAUGAUGUGUCCAGGCAUUCCAUCAGCAUUUUGGAUCUUGGCAACGGAAGCAAGGCAGAUGAUGCUUCCACUGACGGGGAAGACUCGUUCCACGAUGAAGAUGGAGAGCCCAGGAAAAGUGCCGCUGAUGUACUAGAGGGUAGUCUUCAGUCAUUAUCUAUUCAGAAUGGUGGCACUGGAGCUGGUGAUCCCUCGCUCUCGCCUCCUCCCAGUAUUGACAAGUCGAAACGGAAAUUAGGAAAAGAUUUUCUCAAGGUGCUGGAAAAACAAAGUGCAAAGGAUGGUAUGGGCAGUAAGGUGUCCCAGCUGUCACUUCUUGUUAAUGAUAGUGCCAGUGGCAUUCCAUUUGACGAUGUCUACGAAAUGGGAGAAGUUCUCGGAGAGGGUGGAUUUGCGUUUGUCUACCGAUGCACCCACAAAAAGAAUGGACAUGAAUAUGCUGUCAAGGAAAUACUGACCACCGAUAAUUAUCAGUCAGCGGGGGAAUCCGUCCGUGGGGAAAUCAAUGCUUUGAAACUCCUGCGAGAGGGACCCUACGUCGUUCGCCUCUUGGAUGUCUACUAUGAACCUGAUCGGACAAUGAUGGUACAAGAAAUUAUGAAGGGUGGUGAUUUGCUCGACAAAUUGACGGAAAUUGAAGUCUAUGAACCCAGGGAUGCACGGAAAGUCUCGAGGACUCUUGUGGAAGCACUGGAUUACUGCCACAAGAAGAGGAUAUGCCACAGAGACAUAAAACCCGAGAACAUCCUGCUCGUUAAAGAUGAUGAUUUGACACACAUUAAGGUGGCUGAUUUUGGAUGUGCGAAGAAGAUUACAGGACCCAAGUGUCUUAAAACACUCUGUGGAUCACCUCAAUAUGUGGCACCAGAAUUGUUGACACAUGAAGAUGGGUACAAUGAGCUGUGCGACAUGUGGAGUUGUGGGGUUGUUAUAUAUGUCCUCUUGGGAGGAUAUGCCCCCUUUGAUGCUCCGGAAUGCGAGCUGGCCGAGUUGAUCACUGCAGGCAAUUACGAAUUUCAUGAGGAAUAUUGGGAAGAUAUUCCUGCAGCAGCCAAGGAUUUGAUCAUGCAUCUGUUGCAGGUAGACCCCGAUGAUCGUUACAGUCCCAGUGAAGCCUUGGAUUGUCGAUGGUUGAGAAGAAAAGAUAAGGAUCUGGCAUCUAGUAGCAUGCAUGAGUCCAACAGCAGUUUUGGGGCAUGGUUGGAACGAAGAAACUCCCGUCGUUCGCUCAAUGACCCAUGAUGAAACGACCACCGCAACAUGAGGCAACGGCGCAAGAAAAUGAAGGCCGGCAUCGCGUACUCGUAAAGCAUGACAAACAAGGUUUUCCGUCUCUCUCUGUAACAGAUCAUGGCCAGCAAGUUGGAAGUUCGCACUAGCUAGAAUUUUUUUAAGGAGAGGAAGGUAGCGUGAGUUCGCAAGACUUUGUACCAGAUACCUGGUAGUUUCCAGACGCUUUUCCGCGGUGUGGCGGGCUACCGGAAUGCAUAGCUCUACUAGCCAGCUAGCUAGCUAUUUGUACUUUCUGGAAAAGUCAGCUAUCUGUGCCGGUAGCCUGGACCGUCCGACGGUUUUCGCUCAGGCUUUAAAAAAGCUGCCACGACUGGUUCGAUUAAGGGCAUGUUUUAAGGGCAUGUUUAUUAAGGGCAUGUUUAAGGGCAUGUUGCCGAUUUAAGGGCAUGUUUUAAGGGCAU